AUGUAUAUUGGCAACCCUAGUCACCACCAUAGCCAGAACCACACUUUAUCCUCCGUGGCCAAGGAGACGGCGGAGUCUCUGCCGGCGGAUAGUCCGGUGCUGGCGCUGUUUAAAGCCACGGCGCAGAAACUUACGGAGCGCCAGGACCGCCACGAGCGGCUCGUCAAACUUUCGAGGGAUAUCACCAUCGAGAGCAAGCGGAUUAUCUUUCUCCUACAUUCUUCUAUAACCAAAGAAUCUGCAGACAAAGUCAUCCAAGAGGCUAAGGAGCGAAUUCAGAAGCUGAUCCAAGGGCCUCUCAAGUAUAUUGGUAUAGAGCUUGAGCACAGCCCAGCGCAUCUGCAUGGUAGAGCUGUAACUGCAGGGUUUCAGGAGUUCAUAGAGGCAUGGACAUUCUUUACACUCAUGGAGCGGAAGGAGAUCAUAUCAUGGAAGGAUGUGCAGACCCAACUGACAUACACAGUGGCUGCUAAGGACUCGGAGGAGGAGCGGACAGUAGUCACCAUGCUCACAUACAAUGAUUACAUGCUAGGGGUAGCAGAUCUAACAGGAGAACUGAUGCGGAAGGCCAUCAACAGCAUCUCAAGUGGAGACAGUGAGGAUUGCUUCUACGCUUGUCAGGUUGUGCGCGAUCUGUACACAGGCUACUGCGGAUUAUUCGGCGGCGGGCGCGAGCUGGCGCGCAAGUCGUCGACGACGCGCGGCAGCGUGGCCAAGGUGGAGGGCGCCGUGUACGCGCUGCGCGUGCGCGGCGGCGAGGCGCCCGCGCAGCUGCUGCUGCCCGCGCCCGACCAGUGGGAGCGGGACCAUGACGAAGAUGAAGGCUUUUACUAGUUUACCUGACGUGUUGU